AUGCCGUCCAUCCUCAACGACGACGACAAGGACACAGUCAAACGCCAUGUCCCCAAGCAGACCAACAAGAUCCAGGCCGUCGCCGUCGCCCGCCUCUACGUCGCCUACCCGGACAGCACGAGAUGGAACAACACAGGCCUCCAGGGUGCCAUUGUGCUGUCCAAUGACCUCGUCGGCAACACGUACUGGCUGAAGCUGGUCGAUGUUUCUGUGCGUGAAGCUCUUUCCCAAUCUUGA